AUGCUUGAAACAGUGAAGUACCUGAUCGGCUCCGCCGGACCCAGCGGCUACGGCUCCAAAUCCACCGCCGAACAAGUCACCGAUAACUCCGUCGAUCUACACUCUUCCACCGCCAUUAUCACCGGUGCGACGUCCGGUAUCGGUGCUGAAACGGCUCGAGUCUUGGCUAAGCGCGGCGCUCGUCUCGUCAUACCUGCUCGGAAUCUGAAAGUCGCAGAGGAAUCAAAGGCUCGUAUUGCAUCGGAGUUUCCUGCUGCGCAAAUUCUCGUCAUGCCUCUUGACCUUAGCUCUCUCAAAUCCGUUAGGAGCUUCGUUUCGGAUUUUGAAGCUCUCAAUUUGCCUCUAAAUCUCCUCAUAAACAACGCCGGGAAAUUCUCAUACGAUCACGGCAUAUCGGAAGACGGAAUCGAGAUGACCUUCGCUACUAAUUAUCUAGGUCAUUUUCUGUUGACGAAACUAUUGCUGAAAAAGAUGAUAGCUACGGCGAAAACAACAGGUAUUCAAGGACGAAUAGUGAACGUAUCGUCCGGCAUCCAUACCUGGUUUUCCGGCGACUUAAUUCGUUCCUUGGGUCAAAUAACUCGAGAUAAAAGUUGUCAUUACGACGCAACACGUGCAUAUGCUAUAUCGAAGCUGGCCAACGUUUUGCACACCAAGGAACUUGCUCGCAGACUCCAGCAAAUGGAGGCAAACGUGACUGUAAACUGUGUACAUCCUGGGGUUGUGAGAACUGGACUCACAAGAGACCGUGAAGGUUUCAUUACCGAUUUCGUGUUCUUCUUGACUUCAAAAUUCUUGAAAACAAUUCCUCAGGCUGCUGCUACAACAUGUUAUGUUGCAACUCAUCCAGAACUAAGAAACGUCAGUGGAAAAUAUUUUGCAGACUGCAACGAAGCUUCAAAUUCGAAAAUAGGAUGCAAUCCAAAGGAAGGUGUACGGUUAUGGUCAUUCUCUGAAAUCAUGGUUUCUACUGAUUGGAAAUCAGUUUUUGGUGUGUUUACUUAA